CAAAAACGAAACUUAUACAUAAACUUUUACAAAAUUAAUCCUUCCUUCUUAACCAAGAAAAUUACGUAAAAGAUUAAAUUGAAAAGGAGACAAGACAAGGGCAAGGUUGAACACUUUCAUUCCGGUGGAGGGUAUUAUUGGAAACUUCCAAUAUAAACAAAAUGAAAUAUUUUUGCCCUCUCUCUCGACUGAAAUAACACUGCAAAUUUCGCACCGCCGCUUUGAGAAAAAUCUACCCGGCGCUUCAUCGGAGGAGAGAUGGCUUUCACGAAAGAGCAGCUCCUUGCACGUUUACAGGAGCUUCAAAUAGGUUUCUCCCAGUACGAGCAUCCUGUUGUAUUGACAGUGGAAGCUCAGGCGAAGUAUGUUGGGAACAUGAAAGGUGCACUGAGCAAGAAUUUGUUCUUGAAGGACAAGAAACAAAGAUAUUAUAUUAUUUCUGCUUUGGCGGACACAAAGGUAGAUCUCAAAGUUCUGUCUCAGAGACUUGGUCUGGGAAAAGGAGGUGUUAGAAUGGCUCCAGAAGAAGCGCUUUCGGAGAUUCUUCAUGUGCCCCUAGGUUGUGUUACUCCCUUUGCUCUUGUGAAUGAAUCAGCAAGGCAUGUUUCUUUGUUGUUAGAUAAAGGAUUUAAAAGUCAAGAAUGCUGUUUCUUCCAUCCAUUGUCUAAUGACAUGUCAAUUGCUCUUAAUGCUCAUGAUCUUGACAAGUUUCUGAAUUCAAUUGGAAAACCACCUGCCUAUGUUGAUCUGGAGGCUACCCCUACUGUAGGGAAGGAUCAACCUCCAGAUCUAGCUAGUCUUGUCCCAUCUGAUGCAUCAGUCUCAGCAGACCCUCCAGUAAAACAGGAAUCUUCUCAAGGUCCAAAUAAAAAUCAUAUCUCUGCAGAUAACCAACCAGUAAUUACUGCAGGGGCGAAACCUGCAAAACCAUCUAGUGCUUCUACAAAGGAGAAACCAUCUGGUGCUGUGAAUAUGUCAAUCACUUAUGCUGACCCUGAUAAAUUUGUUGAAGAGAUUCUGGAAAAGACUAGAACCAGAGUUCUCUCAGAGAUAAAAGAGGACGAGAACAUAGAGAAAUAUCGGGAGCAACUUGCAACUAUAGUUUCGAACAAUAUAAGCAAACAACUUAGCAUAGAGUUGAAGAAUCUUGCUAUAAUAUUCAAGAACACGGCAUAUACAGAAGGCUUCAAAGCUGGUAUUCAUUAUCAGCCGAAGAGAAUGUAAAAUCAUCCACAUUCAUAGAAAAUGCAUAGAAACAGAGGAAAAAGUAACUGGUGAAAUAUGAACAGAAUUGGUUGGUUGCAUUUUUUCAUAUGCAAUUCGAGUUGAAUGAUGUGAUUCUUUAAUCCGACAUAUGAUGACUUUUCUUUAUUAUAAGUUUCCUGUUGAAUUCC